UAAUAAGUGUGUUUACAUGAGCUCAAGGUCAGAAGCAAGCUGCGCUGUGUUAAAUGGUUUCUUAGUUGCUAGACAGAGAGAAAAAAUGGACGAUCACACACCAUUCUUUGUAGAUUAUUAUAUCAAGGGUUCAGUCUCUGGCUCAUCAAAGCUAAAUGCCGCAAGACCUAUCUAGUUGCUGUGAAUUAUGCCAGGGCGACAAUGGAGAGCGUUUUUAAUGGUACAAUGCAUUUCACCUACCAGAUAGGGGGAGGCCAAACCGGGGAUGGGGAUGUCUGCCGGGGCUGGGUGAUGAGUAUCAAUGAACGGGGCGAUUCUGAAAAGAGGCAGAUGAAAAUCGAGCCCGCCCUGCCCCGGCUGGGCUGGGAACAGUUCGCAGGGCUCUGUCGAGUGGGCGAGCGAGGCGCGCGAGCAGGGCGCCCGUCCCCCCUCAGCCCCGGAAAAUGAUCAAGUCAAUCAUGUGGACAUGUUUCAUUAUUCAUUGAACACAAUCUUUUACAACGCUCCGUUUACGUGCCCGAGUUUGCUCCCGACGCCCGCGUUUCAAUGUUUAAGUUCCUGCCCACCACGGCUUUAAGAAUACCCUUCAGCCAGGAGGGAGCUCCAUUGCUUUAAGACUCACCUGGGAUGGAAGAAGCCAGUCUGUGCCUUGGAGUGUCCUCAGCGGCGCCAGAAGCUGAGCCCCACCUGAGCAGCCCUGUCCUCAAUGGCCAGUAUGCCAUGAGUCAGAAGUUGCACCAGAUCACCUCCCAGCUUAGCCAUGCCUUCCCAGAGCUGCACCCACGGCCCAACCCGGAGGAGAAGACGCCUGCGCCCCUGGAUGAGAAGGCCCACGUGCCCAUGAGUGGCCAGCCCAUGGGCAGUCAGAUGGCACUCCUGGCCAAUCAGCUGGGCCGGGACGUCGAUACCAGCCUCAAUGGGCGGGUGGACCUGCAGCAAUUCCUCAACGGGCAGAACCUGGGCAUCAUGUCUCAGAUGAGUGACAUCGAGGAUGAUGCCCGCAAAAAUCGCAAGUACCCUUGUCCCCUGUGCGGCAAGCGCUUCCGCUUCAACAGCAUCCUCUCCCUGCACAUGCGCACUCACACAGGCGAGAAGCCCUUCAAGUGCCCCUACUGUGACCACCGGGCGGCGCAGAAGGGGAACCUAAAGAUUCACCUGCGGACCCACAAGCUGGGCAACCUGGGGAAGGGGCGCGGGCGGGUGCGUGAGGAGAACCGCCUGUUGCACGAGCUGGAGGAGAGGGCCAUCCUGAGGGACAAGCAGAUGAAAAGCAGCCUGCUACAGCCCCGGCCCGACCUGAAGCCCCUGCCACAUGCCCAGCAAGCCCCGCUGACCUCCUGCAACUUGGCCCUGCCCGCCAACCACAGUGUGCCCGACAUGGCCAACCCGGUGCCCUCGCCCAAGCCAGCCAGCGUGCAAGAGGAUGCAGUGGCCCCUGCCACUGGCUUCCGCUGCACCUUCUGCAAGGGCAAGUUCAAGAAGCGGGAGGAACUGGACCGCCACAUCCGCAUUCUGCACAAGCCCUACAAGUGCACACUGUGCGACUUUGCUGCCUCUCAGGAGGAGGAGCUCAUCAGCCACGUGGAGAAGGCCCACAUCACCGCCGAGUCUGCCCAGGGCCAGGGCCCCAGUGGCGGUGGGGAGCAGUCGGCCAAUGAGUUCCGCUGCGAGGUUUGUGGGCAGGUGUUCAGCCAGGCGUGGUUCCUUAAGGGCCACAUGCGGAAGCAUAAAGAUUCCUUCGAGCACUGCUGCCAGAUCUGUGGCCGGCGCUUCAAAGAGCCCUGGUUCCUUAAGAACCACAUGAAGGUCCACCUCAACAAGCUGUCUGUGAAGAAUAAGUCCCCCAGUGACCCCGAGGUGCCGGUGCCCAUGGGUGGCAUGUCCCAGGAGGCCCAUGCCAACCUGUACUCCAGGUACCUGUCCUGCCUGCAGAGUGGCUUCAUGGCUCCAGACAAAGCCAGCAUGAGCGAGCCCAGCCAGCUCUAUGGCAAAGGGGAGCUGCCCAUGAAGGAGAGGGAGGUCCUGGGGAAACUGCUGUCCCCCAUCUCUAGCAUGGCCCACAGCAUCCCUGAUGGCGACAAGCACUCUCUCCUGGGGUGCCUCAACCUCGUACCGCCGCUGAAAUCCAGCUGCAUCGAACGGUUGCAGGCAGCUGCCAAAGCGGCAGAAAUGGACCCUGUGAACAGCUACCAGGCUUGGCAGCUCAUGGCCAGGGGUAUGGCCAUGGAACAUGGCUUCUUGUCUAAAGAGCAUCAGCUCCAGCGCAACCACGAAGACGCUUUGGCAAACGCCGGAGUUAUGUUUGAUAAGGAGAAGCGGGAGUACGUGUUAGUGGGAGCAGAUGGCUCCAAGCAGAAAAUGCCUGCUGAUUUGGUUCACAGCACCAAAGUGGGCAAUCAGAGGGAGCUGCCAAAUAAGCUCGACCCUUUAGAAGGCAGUCGGGAUUUUUUGUCACAUGGGCUAAACCAGGCACUCGAAUAUAACCUGCAGGGUCCUGGAAACAUGAAGGAGAAGCCCACCGAGUGCCCCGACUGUGGCCGGGUGUUCCGCACCUACCACCAGGUGGUCGUGCACUCCCGCGUCCACAAGCGGGACCGCAAGGGCGAUGAGGACGGGCUGCACGGGGGCCUGGAGGAGCGGCGCGGCUCGGGCAGCGACCAGGAGUCCCAGUCUGUGAGCCGCUCUACCACGCCGGGCUCCUCCAAUGUCACCGAGGAGAGUGGGGUCGGAGGCGGGCUCUCCCAGCCCGGGAGCGCCCAAGAGGACAGCCCGCAUCCCUCCUCGCCGUCCUCCUCAGACAUCGGCGAGGAAGCUGGGAGAUCUGCCGGCGUCCAGCAGCCGGCUCUGCUUCGCGACAGGAGCCUGGGCUCGGCCAUGAAGGACUGCCCCUACUGUGGGAAAACCUUCCGGACAUCCCAUCACCUAAAGGUGCACCUGAGGAUACACACAGUGUGUGUCCACACCGUAACCAGCGGGAGGAAAGGAAGUGGCUUGUGCCCCCAAGGUGAGAAACCCUACAAGUGUCCCCACUGUGAUUAUGCGGGCACCCAGUCAGCAUCCUUAAAAUACCACUUAGAACGGCAUCACCGGGAGCGACAGAAUGGAGCCGGGCCACUGUCUGGACAGCCUGCAAACCAGGACCACAGGGAUGAGCUGUCCAACAAAGCCACUUUGUUUAUCAGGCCGGACAUUCUGAGGGGGGCCUUUAAGGGUCUCCCUGGAAUCGACUUCAGAGGUGGCCCUGCCUCUCAGCAGUGGACAGCGGGAGUGCUCUCUUCCGGAGACCACUCGGGGCAGGCCCCUGGCAUGUCUUCUGAGGCUCCUUCAGACCCACUGAAAGGCACUGACCUCCCUUCCAAAAGCACCCACUUCUCCGAAAUUGGAAGAGCUUAUCAAAGUAUUGUGAGCAACGGUGUGAAUUUUCAAGGGUCCUUGCAAGCUUUCAUGGACAGCUUUGUCUUAAGCUCCUUGAAGAAGGAGAAGGACACGAAGGACAAAGCCCUGUCUGACCCUCCUUCCAUGAAAGCCCAGGGGGCGGAGGGUGGUGAGGAGAAAGCUGGCGGUAAGGCGGCCCCCAGGAAGUCGGAGAAGUCCCAGUACGAGCCUCUGGACUUGUCAGUGCGGCCGGAUGCCGCCUCCCUCCCAGGUGCGUCGGUGACCGUGCAGGACAGCGUUGCCUGGCACGGCUGCUUGUUCUGUGCUUUCACGACGUCGUCGAUGGAGCUGAUGGCCCUUCAUCUGCAGGCUAAUCACCUGGGCAAAGCAAAGCGCAAGGACAAUGCUGUUGGGGUGACAGUCAACUGCAAGGAACUAGCCCGGGAGGCGAGUAGUAAAAUGGCCCUGCUGUCCUCAGUACAAUCAAACAAGGAGAUGGCGCUUUCCAACGUGACCGGGCCUCUAGACUCUGCUGAGAAGAUGGCCCAAGGACAGGUGAAAGAGACUCUGGGGGAGCAGAAGAGUGGCACAUGGCCGAGCCUUGUGGACACCUCGUUUUGUAACUUCCCAUCAGACUUCUACAAGCAGUUUGGCGUUUACCCAGGAAUAGCAGGCUCGGGGGCCUCCAGUUCCUGCCCCAACAAGGAGCCUGAGGGGAAGGCCCACUCGGAAGAUGAUGCCCCAAUCCUGAUCCCCGAAACCACAAACAAGAACACUGCUGAUGACCUCUCUGACAUUGCCUCCUCGGAGGACAUGGGCUCCUCCAAGGGAGAAAACAACAACGAAGAGGAUAUCGAGACAGAGCCUGAGAUGGUGAUCAAGGCAAAGUCGGCCCUCAGCAAGGACGGAGGCAGCGAUGGUGGGGACAGCCUGCUGCCCACGGGUGCCCCUCAGCCCAUCCAGGGACUAGUUCCACCUCUACCGCAGGCAUCGGAGAAGCAGUGGCACAGCUCAGGCCUUCUUCCAGCCCAGGAUGCAGGUCUGUCCAAGCCGGAGCGCAUGCCGCAGGGCCUGGAGAAGCCAAUGAACAUGCUGUCGGUCCUGAGGGCCUACAGUUCUGAUGGCUUAGCAGCCUUUAACGGACUUGCAAGUAGCACAGCAAAUUCUGGAUGUAUCAAGAGGCCAGACUUGUGUGGUCACAGGCCUUUCCAGUGCCGCUACUGUCCCUACAGUGCCUCUCAGAAAGGAAACCUGAAGACCCAUGUCCUCUGCGUCCAUCGCAUGCCUUUUGACAACAGCCAGUAUCCUGACCGCAGAUUCAAGCGUUCCAGAGUCGACUCGGAGGCUUCUGGAAAUUUCGAAGACCCCACGGCUGUCAAGGCGGGGAGCUCAGCAGAGCUAACGGAGGAGGGCUACAAGGCCCAGGAGGAGCGCAACUGAGCAAACCCACCUGUGUAUUGCAAUAUUAUUUUACACAGUUUUAAGAUUAUACAUCUGGUAAAAGAGUUUGCUAACUGCAUUCCAACGGGAAAAAAAUCAUGUACAACCUCCCUCACCCCCACUAGUGUAUAGAACAUUUAAAAAAUUUAAAAAGAUAUCUAUAUAUAUAUAUAUUAAAAAAAAAAUCCCCAGCCCUUGAAAAUGGCUGCUAAACUGUUACCCGGCAACAAGUACUUCCAAACAAUGCGGGUAGGAGCAAAGCGAUUUCAGAAAUGCUUGGUGUCCUCCAAGCUCGAGAAAGCUGGGGGCCCUUCCAUCUCUAAUGCUGUCUUUGUCCAAAAAAUCAUGCAUUUAACUGAAAAAAUGAUACCAUCUAAAUGAUUUAGUGUUGCCUUGAAGAUGGAGGGGCUGUGUUUUCAUUGUGGAAAACACCUCUAUAAUCUGACACCAGCUGCUGUCAUUUGCCUAGCACCCUAAUGAGAUGUGUUGGGCGGCAGCCGUGGUGCCAGUCAGACUGGAGCGGUCACUGCAGAGAAAAUCAAUGCACGUGGUGUCGUAACUGCACUCUCGGAGAAACCUUAGACGGGCCACAGCCCGAGCCAGGGCUGACCCGCACUGCAGAGGAUUGCUAUCUUAAAUGUGCAUUUAAAAAAAUUUAUACAGCCAAAUGAAUCAAUGGUCAGGAAUUGUCUGCAGACAAAUGUCCAUUGCAGGUUUGAUGAGUAAUUCCUUUUUUAGAUCAAAUUGCAGUAUUGAGGGAAAUACUUUUUUCCUGGGUUUUUGUUUUUUUGUUUAUGGGUGCAAAAGAAGGUGGCUAAUAAAACAAAUUAGGGGUACAUUAUAUAAAAUGUUGUUUAGAAAAACUAGCCAACCUUAUCCAUAGAAGGUGCUGGUGAGAAAUGGAAAGUUAUGUAAUAAUAAUAGAAAGAUUGUUUUUUACUAUGAUUUAAAAAAUUUUACUUGAAUGAAUGCUGCUCCGUUCCUUAUUAUCAGAUUAUUUCAAGUGUUAGUUUUAUAAGUGUCACAGACAUGAAGCAAGAUUUUCUUCUCCGGCAAGCUCUUAUGAAAUAGCUUGUAUUAAAAUAUGAAUCUAAACAUCCUGCUCUCUAUCGCUAAUGAAGAAAACUGUUUGAGUUAAAAUGUCUGUUUUUGUAAAACAAAUGUGUUCUAUAUUUUUGUAGAUUUUAGAUUUUCUACUGAUUGGAUACUCCAAAUUUAUCAAGUUCUGCACCACCCGGAGGGAGAUUUUUGAGGACCAAUAAUGAAACACUUAGCUCAUUUUUUAAAAAAACGAUUUAAGAAGACUAGUUAAGGGUUUAUUCUUGAAUCUGCUAGAAUGGUAUAAAAGUUCAGCCUCAAGACAUACUUCCUUUGAGUGACACAAAAUUGGUGCUGUUGCUUGUGAUAGUAGAGAAGUAUUGAAGUAUUAACUUCUGCGAAAACAAAAUCAUUCAGACUUAAAAAAGAAAGAAGUCGAUAUUUCCUUGCAGGCUGGGAGCACAGAAUAAAACCCCAGGGCCUUAAAAACUUCAGCUCUGCCUACAGCAGUUUACAAAAAUACUAAACUGCAAUCAAUGUAAAUAAAAUGCUUAGUGUUAUCCUGAGACCAGAAGGAAUCUCAGGCUAAUAGGGAAUCGGUUUGCAUAUGCUGUCGAGAGGGUGUCACCCACCCAAGGUUUCAGUGUAAAUGAGGUCUCUGUGCAACUUGGACCCAUCUGGCAUAGAGCAAGCUGCUUUCCUGUUUUUCUAGAAUAGUUCUCACUGCCUUACUUAAAUCGAGUUGAUAAACUUAAUGCAACUGUUUCUAUGAUCCUAGAGGAAGGACUGAACUGUUAUUGGAAACUUUCUGACUGUAGUAAGCUUUAGGAUUUGAACUGCACUACUGUGUUUGGUGACUGUGCCAGUCGCUUGCUUUCUGUGUGUUUGCCCUGCCUUUGGUCUCUUAGCAAAGAAAAAUAUAAAAAAGAAGAAAAAAAAAAGUAAAAAGAAAAAAAAAAGAGGAAAAAAUAGUGGAAAAAAACGGGAACCACAUUCCAUUUCUAGCACUUUGAGAGCUUGUUCAGUAUUCUUUUGUGUCUUCUGAGCAUCGUCAGAUGCGACAGGCAAUAAUUCUGUUUGUGACACUGGGAACAUCCCUUCUUCUUUGUGGCGUGUGUGUUGAUACCAUUUUGUCCAGUGCUACCGUCCUUAUUUCCCCCUCUGACACAGGCCUUCUUUCCAGAACAUUUGUGACUUGUAAUACAAACAAGUGACAGCUGCAGUGAUGCAAUGUCAGCUUCUGAAUGUCAUCAGGUCCUCAUAUCUAAACAUGUCAAGUUUUUUCCCUGUAACUCCUGUAGUCUGUGAUGCUGGUCAUAAUACUGUCUACAUUCCUACACAAAGAAAAAAAAAUCUAUCUUGGAGGAAAUCUGAGAUCAAUAGAGUAGAGGAUUUUGUUGCUAUGCUUGUAACAAGUAGACAACUUUGUAUUUAAAGUUUAUUCUUGGUCAUUAUUUAUUAUUAUAAUACAUCAGUUGACAGAACUUUAUUCUGGUAUAGAAAGUAUUAAAAGUUGUUUUUUCAGCAAUGACUGUUUUCUUUCUGCUGUUAGAAUAAAAUGUCCUUGAAACAGUCCAGUUUUAUCCAGUGUUUUACGCAAUAAAACCUCUACCUCUGAAAAAAAAAAUAACAUCUUUUCCUAUUUGCUUAUGUUUACUAGGAGGAGAAAAACAUUUUUUGCAGCUCUGUAAGGCUUUGGUAAGGCUUGGUCAAACCCCACUUAGAAAAGGAAACCGAAACUGUGCAGUGUUCUGGGUGGAUGGUGUCCACAGCCUGUGCUUUUACAAAUUGAAUGAAUCUCUCUGUGCAGCAUCAACAGUGUGAGCGUGCAUGCACACCCACAUGCAUGUGUGAACUAUGUUUCUAAGGCUUGUAGACAUCUCUUUCUCCAAGGUAAAACCUAGGGAAAUGCUAAUGAUCUUCAUAUUAUAGUAAUUAUAUAAGACACUUAAAGCUUUGGGAUCUAUUAUUCACCUUUACUGGUAGAAAGUUGUCUUUUUAAAAAGUCAUUAAAUGCAAGAAAGUCUUUUACAGAAGAUAAUCUACAUUCUUCCUCCAGAAGAAAAGGAAAGGAACAAGAAUAAUAUAGUCUAUGGUAUCAGGGCUAGCAAAAAAGCAGAGCUCUGACAUUGAUUUGAGAGGGUUUGAAGUGUGUGCCCCACACUUGGUGUACAGGGUUGCUUUUUGAUUUGUUUUUGUCGAUCUUGUUGGUUUGGUUUCAAAAGGGAGAUUGUAAAGUGCAUGCUGAAGCUGUGGAAUAUAGAGAGGCUACAGAAAUGUUGCAAACAAAGGCAUCCACCCACAUUUCAUAGGAAUUUGUAAGCCACCAUGUUUCUCUCAGGAUGCUAAACCACUGGUAUCACCGGAUGGGAGCAGAUGAAUGAAAUCUUUGGUAGUCCUGACUGUCCACUGUUACAAACAGCAAAGGUGAGUUACGAGGUUAUAGUGAGGGGUCAGGAAUUGACCCCAUCAGGAGGUCAUAACUCCAUAAACUCCAUGAUGGAUCCCAAACCCAAAUGUCUCCUGGGACCAGGCAAAACACCUCGUGAUGGGCAGAGGUGAGUAGGAUGCAGGGAUCUCUGGGUUGGGUGGAACCUCAGCAACUGCUCAUCAUCACCAGGAGGAAUGUGGGGACAUCAGGGCUUCUGAGUUUCCAACAGACACUGGACACCUAGAUUUUGUGUGAAGUCUCCUAUUUUUUGCAUGUUGGCCCAAAAUGUGUUUUAAAAAACUGUAAUAAAUAGAUGAACAAAAUGUGGUUUAUGCACAAAAUGGAAUAUUAUUUGGCCAUAAAAAGGAAUGAAGCACAGAUACAUGCUACAAUGUGGAUGAGCCUUGAAAUAUUAUGCUAAGUGAAAGAAGCUGGUUACAAAUGACCACGUAUUAUAUGACUGCAUUUAUCUGAAAUGUCUAGAAUAGGAAAAUCCAUACAGACAGAAAGUAGAUUAUUAGUUGCCAGGGUUGGGGGGAGGAGAGAAUGGGGAAUGACUGCUAAUGAGUGAGAGGCUUCUUUUUGGACAGAUAAAAACGUUCUACAAUUAGAUAGCAAUGAUGGUUGCCCAACUCUGAAUAUACUAAAAACCACUGAAAUGUACACUUUGAUAGGGUGAAUUUUAUGGUAUGUGAAUUAUAUCUCAAUAAAGCUGUCAUAAAAUAAAAAUAAAACUGGAAGGAGGCCUUUUUAAGAAGCAUCAAUAUACAUUUCUAUCAAAAUAUUUUGAACUCUCAUAUAGUCAUAGACAACUGUAGAUAGGACUUUGUAAGAACUACAAAAUUUGGAGUG